UCGCGAUAUGCUUCCCCACUCUCGGAGAGCCUCUGUCCUCCAGUCCCAAUUCAUCUCGCGUUACAGAACGAUUCUUAGCGCAGAACCUAUCGAAAACCCAGAGUUCUACGCAGACCUGCUCACUUUCACGGUUGAUCGCGAGUUCUUGACGCAUGAACUGAGGAACAUUCCGAUGGAGGCUCUCCUUGGGCCGCUCAAGUAGCCCACGUUCAAUGCAUUGUUCCGUGCCUGCUUGCGCCAUGCCAGCGCGGCAGCACCUAGCGACGACUCGAAGAAGCACGCGUUGGAGACGCUGUCUAUCCUUUGUCGGUCUCUUUUCGCGAAGAAUCCGACGGGGUAUGAGGUUAUGGAGGUUAUGGCCGGAGGCGUCAAGGGCGACGCGGUGUUUACGGAAUUCACAACGAUUGUCCACGAGUCGCUCUCGAAUGAGGAUAUACCUGUCGAAUUCCGACACCAGGUGCUCCAGCUGACUUUGACUUUCAUGUGUGGGAUUGGGCAGCUAAGUCCUGGCGCUUACUUCUUGAGGCUCGACUUGUUUCCUUCCAUUGCCUCUUUCAUCAAGUCUCCGGAAACUGAGAUGUACACAUUUGAAGCUGUUCUCUUACUGACCCUUCUGGCCAAUUUCCACAAAAGCAAGUCCAACCCGUAUCUCCAACGGAUACAUGAGACGGACGACCAGGACUUGAUGCGCAAAAUCUGCUGGGCUUCCAACUUUGCCUUGGAUGCUGUCAUCAAAACAUACCAGGAAAUCUCUGACGACGAUCCGGCACAAACGUUCACUGCCGCUUUGGGAUCGAUGAUGUCUAUGCUGCGACCCGAUCGUGCC